UCUGUGUAGGAGGAAAUACAGUGAACUAGUUUAAUAACUUUAUAUAGCGGGAGAGGACAAACCUCUGUUUUUUUGUUAUUACUUGCCUUCUGCAACCUGAAGUUAUAUGUGUGAGCCAAAGAGUGCCAAGUGCAAAUCACUGUUCCCUUCCUUCAUUCCCUCCGCAUUUUCUUGUUUACCACCUCCUUAGCUGUCUUCCCCAUCCCCAUAUCACCCUCUCAUUCAGUCUCUCCAAUACCCAAACCCAGCAGUGCUGUUGUUAACAGGUUUUUCUCUGUAGUACAAGCAAGUGGAUAGCAUCUCAGAUGUGUUCUAGGUGCAGGAAUAAUUUUCCAUUUUAAAAGGGAGACAGAAGUCAGGAGAAUAUAAAAGUCCUUUAAGAAAGCAUUCAGUCUAGGAACUCAGCCUUUCUGCAGCGCUGGUAGAGAGCUGUUAGUUGUAGUGAUACAAAGACACAGCAGGUGGAAUCAGAGGAAGUACAGAUAAGUAUAGUGGCAUGAACCCUACUUCCUGGAGCCAGAAGCGCGGGAAAGCAGAACAGAGCAGUCUAACUUCAGUGUCCAAAGAAGCUGCAUCCAUUAACUGUUGCACAGGUGGUACAGGAUGGUGAGAGCCAAGUCUUGGACGCUGAGAAAGCAUUUUGAGGGCUUCCCCAAAACAAGUGACUUUGAGCUGAAAGAGGUAGAGCUGCCAAAGCUAAAGGAUGGAGAUGUGCUGUUUGAAGCUGUGUUUCUCAGUGUUGAUCCUUACAUGAGACCUUAUAGUGGGAGAAUCAUGAAAGAGGGAGACAUCAUGAUAGGCAGUCAAGUGGCUAGAGUUGUGGAAAGCAAGAAUCCCACCUACCCAGUAGGGACCUAUGUUGUGGCUAAUUCAGGCUGGACAACUCACUUCAUCUCUGAUGGGCAAGAUCUACAGCUGUUUCCUCCUUGGCCGGAAAAGAUUCCCAGAUCUUUGGCUCUUGGGACAAUUGGCAUGCCAGGCCUCACUGCAUACUUCGGCCUAUUUGAGAUCUGCAAGAUUAGAGCGGGAGACACGGUGCUGGUUACUGCAGCAGCUGGCGCUGUGGGUUCAGUGGUGGGGCAGAUUGCUAAAAUCGGAGGUUGCAAAGUGGUUGGCUGUGCCGGCUCAGAUAAAAAGGUUGCUUAUCUGAAACAGAUUGGCUUUGAUGAAGCCUUUAACUAUAAGACUGUAGGAUCCUUGGAAGAAGCACUGAGAAAGGCCUCACCCGAUGGCUACGACUGCUACUUUGAUAACGUGGGUGGAGAGUUUUCAAGUAUUGUUCUGAAUCAAAUGAAGAAAUUUGGGCGGAUUGCUGUGUGUGGAGCCAUCUCUGGAUACAAUGACACAGUGCCCCAGAAAGGACCUUAUGUUCAGAUUCCAAUGAUCUCCAAUGAGCUUUACAUGGAAGGAUUUCUUGUCUUUCGGUGGAAUCACAAGCGUGCGGAGGCCCUGAAGAUACUGUUAAGAUGGGUUGUUGAGACUCGUAGACGUUAAGGGCAGGAAGGACCAUCAUGAUCAUCUAGUCUGAUCUCCUGCACAUCAGAGGCCACAGAACAUCACCUACCAGCUCCUAUAAUUGUUAUUUUGUUAAUCAACUUGUUUUACUUUUAAUGUAAACCAACGCAGUGCAGUAUUUGCUUUAAAGUACUGCUAACUCCAGUUAUUGUGGCAGGCUGUUGGGUUUUGUCUCUUUAAAGGAGCAAAUGAACCAAGUAUCUCCCUGAAUGGUCCAGAAGAGGGAUGGGCUUCACAGAGCACACAGUUUUGGGAAAAUUCAGCACUAGGGGUGUGUUGGGGUCAUCUUGCUGUAUGCAGAGUGUGGCUGGAGGUUAACAAGCAGACUGCUGGGAUCAGAAUUGCUGAAUCAGAGCUGCUGAGCCCACACACAGUGCAGGCAUGUAUACUGGCUGGGAGCAUCCUGACAGGAGAACCACAGCCACGCAGCGCCUUUUGAAGCACUCAAAAAGUUACAGGGUAGGCAGUGACACAACCACUCACUUGUCUGGACUGCACCUCAGAAUGUGACAGAGUCAUACUAGGUGAACUCACAGUUGACUUCUAAGGCAGCAUUAGCUGCCAAGUUCUGUGUUGCUCUGUGAGUGUUAUUUCUCCUGGAUAUGAGUGAGCAAAACCAGCUGGCUCUGGGGUUCUGGUAGCUUGUUGCCCCCACCUCCAUCAGCCAAAUAGAAAAAGUCUUUGGACCCAGCUCCUCACCUCUGUGUUUCUGGCCUCACCUCACCCUUCUGCCUGAUGUUCUCAUGUCGACAGUCAAAACAUGAUAAUACCUCACCUAUCCCUAUGUUCUCCAACAUACAUCUAUUAAAAUGUUAUACUGGGAAUUUGUGGGUAGCUUACUACAUCACUACAAAAAAAUAUUGUUGAUUUGAUUGUCUCUCUUUACUAGUCCUGUUGCACCAUCUUCCUCUCUCUUGUUUUGGUCCCUCUGCAACUUUUUUCUUCUUUUGUUAUCUUGGGUCCCUUUGCUUUUUUUGCUUUGUUUUGUUUUACUCUUUCCAAGCUGCCUUUUCCUUUCCUAGAUGCUUUACUGGUUUGCCUCUUUUUUCUCCCCAUCACACCUCAUCUCUGAGCAAGAUUCUCCCCCAUGUGGUGGAAGAGGGUGCUAUAUACACCUUCUGCUGCAUUUAAAGCCAUCUACUAUGCUGAAGGGCGACACUGAUCCCAGGGAUGGGUUGAUGCCCUCUCCUCCCCACAACUCCCUUAUGGGUUCAGGUAGGAGACAACAGAUUUAAAUUCCAGCUAGAGCUCCAUAAGAAACGAGCUCCAGGAAAUGCGCUCAAUCAGCACAUGUCCUUACAGUCGUGGCUUUGCCCCCUCUUAAACUGGAGCUGCUGAGAGCACAGAAAAAUGGUGCUCUACAUUGUCCUUUGGCUCUGAUUCACUUCUGUUCCAUGUUUAAGACCUUGCUCUUAAUCUGCAGGACCCAGCUACCUCAGAGACCACCACCUAACUAUUCCUUGAGACAGCUGCACUGUUCUGGGACAGUACAGCUUCUUAGACCUAAUAUGAAUCUCAUGAGUCAGCAAGAAAGCGUUGUCAGUCAAGGGCACUCAACUUUGGAAGGAGCUGGCGUAGGAGAUAAAACUAAGCUAACAUCUGGCCAUAUUCAGAGCGUACUUCUAGACACUCCUAUUUCCCAAAGCUUUGCAACACUAACAUGGGAGAGAGGGGUGUAAAGGAAAAAUAAUACCCUCAAAGAGCUUCUCAGAGGCUGGGAGAGGUGAAGAACAGAACCUACCAAGAAGUCCGCUAUGGACUAUGCUUUGCAGAUUUUAGUACUUGUUCAGCACAAAGGUCAUAAAUCAGUGAAAGCCUCCUUGGAAUAGACUGGGGCCAAGCAGGUUGUCAGGUGGUACAUGCCUGGAUGACUUGAGUGCCCUCCAGGAAUAAAACUUAUUUUUUUUAAAAGUAAUAUUUUUCUUGCCUUACAAGGUUUUUAUACAGUGUUCUGAGCAUUCAAAGGUAGGAACAAAUAACUGUUUCUGUCUGAGCAUAGCUUCAGUUAAGUGCCUAGCUUGCAGAUGCAUAUAAAAGUCCAUAUGAGCAGGUUGUAUUUGGUCAUGCUUUCUUUAGAUAUGCUCUUCCAGGAAGUAUUGGUGUUUAUACAAAACACAUUCGUUCCCAGCGCUUGGAAGCUUGGGGUUUUCCCAUCCAGGCAGGAAGCUGGGCUUUCGGGUCAAAUUCUGAUCACCUUGCCAUGAGUGUGAAUCUGGAAGAAUUCCACUGACUUCAGCGGAGUUACCCCUGUGUAAAUGAACUGAAAAUUUAGCUCGCUCAUCAAAAACUAAGUGAGUACCUGGAAGUAACAAAAAUAUUUAGACCUAGAGUCGGCCACCCUUACUUACACUGAGCAGUCCUUUACUCUGCAAGGAGUCCCACUGAAAUCAACAGGGCUAUUCUCAGAGAAAGUACCACUCCAUAUAAGACUGGCAGAAUCUGCCCCAUUAAGUUUAGGACAGUUUACAUUUUCUUCAAUAAUAAAGCACGGGAGCUAUGUGUUUUAAUCUCACUUAGCUUGGUGUAAAUCAGGAGUAACACAUCAGUAUUAAAGCUGGUGUGAGAUCAAACAUGCCCUGUAACUUUAUGAGCUAAUGUAAAGAAGCUUCAAGCACCAAUUAGAUAAAAACAUUCUUCUCUGAGGGCUCAAUACCAUACAGAGUAGAAUUCUGUUAAAUAUGCCUUACAUAUUAGAGAUGGGCCUGAGACUUACAUUCAUUUAGAUCUAGAUCCAGACUGGAAUGUCUCCAAAGUUCUGGGGUCUUUUUUACAGGGUUCUGGCCCAGUUCCUUCUCUAGUACAUAAAGAGGGAAAGGAUGGUAUACCACAAAUAAAAGUCUACUGUACAGGCAUUAAAAAAUGUAGCACUGCUUUUGAUUGCGGACUAAAAUCUUGGGCAGCUGAAAUUUUUUUUUGACCAAUACCAUAAACAAUACAGCACCCAACAUGCAGUUUCAAAGUGCUCUGUGACUAAUGCCAUUCAAACAUCUUAAUAACAGCUGAUCUGCAUGGCAAACACUUAUUUGCCUAAUGCCUUUUGGCACGCUGUUCAAAUUGAAUGACAUUCCCCUUUCGACAGUGAGGGACUGAACAUAGACAGAGUGCUUUGUGGAGUUUCUCAGAAGCAGCAUUGUAACAGACGGGGCUCAUCUAGGGAAGAUCUAACUAUUGUUCUUUCUGUGCUACAUCACAUUCAGAGCAUAGACCUAUAAAAAUGAACUCCUUUGCCCCUGAAUGCCGGAAAAUGAUCUGUUCUGGCACGGCCACCUUGCUCUGCCACUCUCUCCUUGCACUUUUUCUCUUCCUCUCCCUUUGUUCCACCCUCAGUUUCUCCUUGUUUUUUUCCCCCUUUCCUCUCUACUUUCCUUCCCUGUUUUGCUUGGAAAUAAGUGGAAUGCUAUAGAUCAAAAUGUGUAAAACUUCUUUCUAGCUCAGCAUCUCUCCUUAACACCACAGAACAUGAUCCUUUCUGCAAAAUGGGCUCCCACCUCUCUCUGCAAGAAGGUGGGGAUAAAGGAUACAGAUUCUGGUGCAUCAGGGACUCUUUUGAAUGUUAUGGGAUUGUCCAGAGAUUGUGACCUUCUGAAGUGAUGUAUUUGGCAGUGUUGAAUUAAUAUUCAAUGUAAGUCUUAGCUUGAGACUGGAACGGAUAGCCCUGGAUCUUAUCAGAAUGGAGAUUGAGUUCAUACACUGUUCUUUCUGGAGUUGUGGGGUUUUUGUGCCUUUGUGGUAGCAAAAUGAUGAAUUCUGCCAUAAGGCUAGCGCUAUGGUAACUACAGACUAAAUGAAGUGGCAGCCUUGCAGGUAAUAAAAAGAAACAUGGUAGGAUUCUGUGCUCACCUUCAAGAGGUGUGGCUCAGAACUUGUAGGAUGAAGGAAGGCUUUAAGUUGGGUUUAAGUUCCUUUGCACUGUCCAGAAGCCGGGCUUUCUGGGCCCCGGGGACCUAUUUAAAACCUCCUGGCACUGCCCUAUGGACCGUGCUGCUGCCUGGAAUCUCCACAGUAUUGUAUCUUGUGGCCCGGCUCCCAGCAACCCACUUACGCCAGGGCUUAGUAAGGGACCCUUAAAAGGCAGCCUCAUGGCUGUCUCUGCAGUGCCUAUGUCGCGAGCAUCCCUCCCAUGCCCAGAAUCAGGACUUUUGGGGCCCUUUGAUGCUGCUUCGGCCCUUUUACAUGGUGUAAAGAGGCUGGAGUGGGGGUGAGGAUUUCAGCCUCAAUUAAUUUAAAAAGUUUUAAAAAUGCCUCUCAUGCUUGUCAAAAGCUUUUGAAAAGGCUAAGUCGCAAAUAUGUGGUCCAGCCACAAAGGGCCGCACAGAAAUGGUCCGUGUCCAUGAUCCAUGCACAAAAAGGGUGCAGGCUAUUGCACACGUGCCUUUGAGUGCACAGUCAUUGAGACUGUACGUGUACAUUGCAAAAGUGCCCAGGCCUAAAUUUUCAAAAGUGACUUGUGAUACUAGGUGCCUGAAUUUUUGGGUGCUCAAGUUGAGAUGCCUUAAAGGGGCCUGAUUUUUAGCAAGCACUGAGCACCAGCUGCCUGGAAACCCUUUCAGGUGUCUCAUGUUGAGCACCCAAAAACUGAUGAUCACUAACCAUACUGAAACAUUUAGGCCUCAUACACUGUAGUCAUCAUGAGCACUGUGCAAAAUCCUAAAAGAGACAGGAAAUGGGAGCUUCCACGCACACAGGGCUAGUUGACUGCCUAACUAACUCUUCGUAGGCAUAGUCACCCAAUGCGCAUGCUGGAAUGUGGUAAUUACAUAACCAAAUGUAAGCAUUGAAAUGGAUGCACAUAUUUGUGCAUGGAACUCAAGACUCGUUUUAAAAAAGAAAAUUGGCUCUGUUUGUGGAAUUAAAUAAUGACGGAAAAAUGUAACUAUGACUGCAGCUCUUGAACAAAUAAAGCUGGGGUGAAUACUAAACGUAAAUAGCACUGUACCAAUCCCAUGUACCUUCUCUUACUUUUUUCUAUUUUCUUUACUCUCUUCUGCUCUUUUUAAUUCUCCAUCCUGUCAUACUUAACACAAUACUACAUAAUAAUAAUUUUUAGACCUC